AUGAAUCCCUACUCUCAUCACAUGCCGGGCCUUUACAUCCCUUCUAUGGUCGAUGGUGAUCUCUUCGAGCCGUCCACACAACAUCAGGAACCGGGUUCUGACGGACAAUGGUCACAUGGAUUCGGCACCGACACUCGAUACACUCAGAUGCGAGACCCUCUUGCGCAGGGUUACGAUCUCACAAGUGAUUACGCGCCUUCGCCCUUGCCCACUCAUUUAUCAUCUCCCUCCAUGUCACCUGUACUGCCCCAUUCGCCGUCUGAUAAUUUUCCAAAUGUAGACGGACUGAGGCUUUCAUCUCCCUCCGUAUCUCCUUACUCUCCUUACAAUACCGGUCUAUCAGUAUCUUCCCAUUCGUCAGGGAAAACCGAGCCAUCUCCUCAACUUCUACCUCCCAGUCGCAACGAUUUUUCAAGGACUUCAGCGUUUCUCAACACCACCUCUCUUCUACCGCCGAAUGGGAUCAAGAGAUCUGCAAGUCGAUCAGCUCCUCAGUCGCCUCACCCAACGUACCGCGACCCAAACAUGUCGUUCAUCUUUCCUCCAAUGUUUCCAGACUCGCCCUCGACGUCUAAGUAUCAUGCCAGUCAUUCUCCUACCAGCCCGGAGAUCUCGCCCUCCAUCUCGGAACCUUUCCGUCAUGAUGAUCAUCUCCGCUCCCCUUCGAUUGUUGUGGAGUAUGCUGGAGGUUCCGAGAGCGCCCCUACAGGACCUUCUACCACAAAUCACACAUUCGGACUAUCAUCUCAGCAUCCCGCGAUGCAGUCUUUGGAAUAUUUCCAGCAGCAGAGCCCGGUGUUCAUACCUCCCGAUAGUGGUCCACCAAACGCCUACGCACCUCAUUCGUCUGCUCCUCCCGGUCAUGGCUUUGCCUUUGCAAGGGAUGUCGACACCAUGGGCAUGGAUCCGCUUUCUGGCGCCUCUCCCAAGCCGGAACACAUCCGGAAAUCCUUGAUGUCGCAGUACCAGGACUGGCAAAACAAUGCCAAGGUCAUGAAGAUUUUUAGCAAAGCUGCUAAGGACAAGGUGUCCACUGUUGCUGGUCUCAGGGCUAGCUUACAACGCAGGAAAACUAUCGCGAAGUUUUUUUGCGAACACUGCGGUUCUUCUUUCACGAGGAAGCACAACCUCAACAACCAUCUAAAGUCUCACUAUGGCAUCACCGAUCUGGAAUGCCAAUACUGCGGCAAUCCGUUCACUACAAUCCCAGUGAAGAAACGCCAUGAAGAUACCUGUAAGGAAAAUCCCGACAGAAAGCCCUCUACCUCGACGAAGAAACCCGCUUCCAGCUGA